GGCGCCCACGGCAACCACCGCCUCCGUCGAUCGCAGAAUGAGGGCGAAGCGGGUGGCGUCGGUGGCGGGGACGGCGGCGCUGGUGUACGUCGCGCUCUCGGAGCGUCUCUCCUCGGCGUCCGGCGGCGACGCGGCCGAGGCGCUGAGGCGGCAGCGGUGGUGGGAGGAGGAUGAGGCCAAGAAGGGGGAGGAGAGGUGGCCGGAGCGCGCGCCGGCGAGCUGGAGGGAGGCGGCGGCGGUGACGGCGAGGACGGCGGGGCUCGCGUACGCGGAGACGCUCGGCAAGUGGACGCUCGGGGACAUCGCCUUCGGGAUCAACCGCUACAUGCGCAUCCAGGGCAAUCUGCAGCAUGAGUACACUGGCACCAAUUGCAUACCCCUGGAAGGUCCUGGAGUAAGGCAGGAGCUGAUUGGACUUCUCAGAUACCUCAGGCUCUGCUUGUUCUUCACAAAGAAGCCAUAUGAAGUGUUUCUAGACUUAGGUGGUUAUGGGCAGAGUGAUAUUCUCAUAAGGAAGACGAAGUCAAAGCUUAUGAAGCCGGCAUUCACAAUAGUCCGUGAUGAAAGUACCAAAUGCUUCCUCCUUUUCAUUCGGGGCGCGACCAGCACUAAGGAUCGGCUGACAGCAGCAACUGCUGCAGAGGUUCCAUUCCAGCAUUCAGUGUUACAUGAAGGAUGUAAAUCCAAGUUGGUGGCUGGACAUGCGCAUUGUGGAAUGGUUGCAGCGGCUCGUUGGAUCGCAGAUCAGGCCAUCCCGUGCCUCAGCAAAGCAGUGGAGCAAUUCCCAGAGUACAGAAUUAAGAUCAUUGGGCAUUCAAUGGGAGCUGGUAUUGCUGCAAUUCUAACAUACAUGCUACGUGAGGACAAUAAGUUAUCUUCAUCCUCAUGUAUUGCCUUUGGACCAGCUGCUUGCAUGACCUGGGAUUUGGCUGAGUCGGGCAACGACUUCAUUACCACUGUUGUCAACAGAAAUGACCUGGUGCCAUCUUUGGGUAGAGCUUCAGCCGCCAUUAUUCGCACAGAGGUUAUGGCAUCGUCACAGGCUCCAGACCUUCGAGAAAAUAUCCAGCAAGCAAGAAUCUUGGGAUUUGUAAAUAGUUCCGUGAAUCUCAUGCGAUCCCACAUUCCCUUCUUACACAAUCCAGGUUCCAAGGUUGCUGAUACCAAUGUGCUCUUAUCUGGCACUCCUAUGGAUGAGUUGAAACUUUCAGCAGAUGUACAUGCUGCUGUGCAGAAACACUCUGCACUAUCCUGCUGGUCAUCUGUUGCUGCAAAUAGGCAAACUCUGGAGUCUUUGAUGAACCCCACUCAGGCCAUGAGCAUUCCAGCACUGAUGUCCAUCUAUGCAGGAACUGACCAAAACACAAGAGAAUCAGCGUCAUGCUCUGAUGAAGAACUCAUCCGUCUGAGAUCAGAUGCUGAGCAGACUAACCAGGAGGAGAAAGCAGCAGGUCAAGAACACAUGAAGCAGAUUCUGAAAUCAUUGCGAUCAUCACCAACCCCCUCUCCUCGUCACCAGCUGUACCCUCCUGGAAGAAUCAUGCACAUGGUUGUGUUGCCAUGUCCAGAAGAGCAAGGCACCGGCAAGCAUCAUGACCAGGACGAGGUGGUUGCCAUCUAUCAGACGCCUCGCAGCAUGUACGGCAAGAUCCGGCUGGCCAGAUCCAUGAUAAGAGACCAUUACAUGCCGAGGUACAUUGAGACAAUGGAGAUGCUGAUUGACAAGCUUGCAGAGGACGAUGACGAUGACACAGAUGACCAGUUGGGCUAACUUGACCAAAAAACCAAGAAGAUUGAUAGGCAGCAUUGUUAGUGUAGGUCACUAGAAAUGGUUUAUGACUAUGGGUUGAGAGUAGAACCCAAGUUAGUGGCAUAGUGUAGUGGUAGCAUGAACAAAGAUCUGAUGUUAUUUCUGGAUGUAUAUGUACUGCAUGAUCUAUAUUGAGUUAGGUUAACCAUGGGAAUGAUACAGAUUUGCCUGAAUGCUCGGGUAAUGUUUUAGAAAUGAUUCGGUAAAGAAGGAUUAUGGAACUUGGGAAUGCUUUGGUCAUGUCCCUUGUGAAACUGCAAA